AGAAAAUAAACUUAGGAGUGUAAGCACAUAAAUAUUUGUAUUGCGAUCUAAGGAAUAUGGAUGAAGAUUGUUGUAGGAUAAAUUUAAUGAAUACGUUGAAUUGUGGUGCCAUGAUGGCUGCCAUGGAGAUGGAUGCUGAAUUCGAAAAAAAGGAGCAUAAGAAGGCGAGAUAUUGGGUGAGUCCAUACCUUAAGGAACGAAACGACAGGGGAAGAUUCGUGUCCGAUUUCGAAGCCUUGCGCAACUCACCAAAUUUAUUCGUUGAAAACUUUCGCAUGCCACCACAAGUUUUUGAUGAACUUUGUGAGAUGGUGGAGCCACACCUACUUCCGAAACGCAACAGCAGGCCAAAAGAUUUUAUUCCAAUUAAAGCCAAAUUGGCAGUGUGUCUUUUAUAA